ACAUUUUUAUGUUCCACUUUUCAUUCACAAGCGAGGAGUAGCCCAGACAAUGAUGUGGCAGCAGGUGGAGUGAAUACAUCUGUGCAAACGUAAAUCUAUCUAGCACGAGCCAUGACCUCUGCAUCUUUCAUGCUGAACUCCUUUGAGUUGGUUGGCCUUCCACUGUAGCAUCUGCAUCAGGCCCCACCCUCCAUCAGCUGGUUUCUCUCCAUGAAGGAACACGUGUCUUCGGCAUCCUCAUCCGACGAUUGUCAUUUGGCCAUGUUGAACCAUCCAGAAGAUGUCAGUUGAGAUUCCUGUCAUCAAAGAGGAGCCAUCAGACUCCACAUGCCUCAAAGUGGUGAAAAUCGAGGACGAUGCCCAAUCUGGGGAUGCCGAAGAGAGUAUUCUCGGGUGUUCUUGGUUUCCAGUUGAGAGCUCUGGAAAUGCUUUGCACAUGGUGUCUACUGAACUUACUGAGUCAUCACCUUUUCAUCCUGAAGAAUCAUUGCCUGAGAAGCAAGAGUCACCUGUGUGUAGUCCUAUACAUCUUCCUCCUAUAGCAGCACCAAGAAGUGAUGUGCAAGUCGUAGAAGUGAAUGUUGAACAUGUCACUGGCUCUGUUACUGACAAGUGGUACAAAUUGAAUGGUGAUUCUCCUGGUGGCAUUGCCUCUGACAAGGGCAUCAGAAAGAGUGCAAGGAAGAAGCCAGAUGUUUCUCAUCGAGCAUCACUCGAAUGUAGUAUCUGUAGCCUGAGCUUCAGGUCAAAGUCAGCUAUUUCUAAACACAUGAAGUUGGAACAUUAUGGAGGGAAGCCUUUCAAGUGUCCUCACUGCAACAAGGCAUACAUGUUUGCUGUGAACCUGAAACAUCACAUGAUGUGUCACUUGGACGAGGAUGCCUACAAGUGUCGAGUUUGUGACGUGGCCUUCAAAUGGAAACCGGGUUUGCUCAAACACAUGGAAACUGUACAUUCUAUUAUGAGACCAUUUGAAUGUGAUAUCUGUGGGAAGUCCUUCAAGGUGAAAUAUGCAUUAGAGAGGCAUUUGCUCUGCCACGAGCAACAGCAGAGAUUUGAAUGCGGUACUUGUGGCAAGGUCUUCCUGAAAGAGGGUGAAUUGCGUCGCCAUGAAGUGUGCCACGUGGAGGAGAAACCGUUCAAGUGUGAAGAAUGUGGGAGGAAAUUCAAGCGGAAGCACACGCUCGUGGUUCAUCACAAUGUCCAUUCCGAGGUAAAACCCUUCGAGUGCAAGUUUUGUCGAAAGUCGUUCAAACGAAAGUAUGAACUCCUGUAUCAUCAAACGAGCCAUUCGACAGAAAAACUGUUCAAAUGUGAUUCUUGUGGAAAGGCUUUCAAGCAAAAAGGAACCCUUUAUCAUCACCGCAAAAUCCACGUAGAUGUAAAAUCCUUUGGCUGUGAUUUGUGUGAUAAGGCUUUCAGGCAGAAGAUAGAUCUUGCACGUCAUCAGAUGAUGUCUCUUGUGGUUCCUGUCAUCAAAGAGGAGCCAUUAGACUCCCCAUUCCUUGAAGUGGUGAAUGGCCAGGAUGAAGUCCAAGCUGGGGACACCGAAGAGAGUAUUCUCGGGUGUUCUUGGUUUCCGGCUGAAAGCACUGGAAAUGCUUUGCAAGUGAUCUCUGCUGAGCUUACUGAGUCAUCAGCAUCUCAUCAUGAAGAAUCAUUGCCUGAGAAGGAAGAGUCACACCUGGAGUCACCUGUGUGUGGUCCUUCCUUCAAGGUGAAAUAUGCAUUAGAGAGACAUUUGCUCCGCCAUGAGCGAAAGCAGAGAUUUGAAUGUGGUACUUGUGGAAGGAUGUUCCCAAAGGAGAAUGAAUUGCGUCGCCAUGAAGUGUGCCACUCGGAGGAGAAACCGUUCAAAUGUGAAGAAUGCGGGAAGAAAUUCAAGCGGAAGAGCACGCUCGUGCUUCACCACACGAUCCAUUCGGAGGUAAAACCCUUCGAGUGCGAAUUUUGUAAAAAGUCGUUCAAACGAAAGAUCGAGCUCCAAUAUCACCACUCGACCCAUUCGGCAGAGAAACCGUUUGCCUGUGAUACUUGUGGGAAAGCAUUCAAGCAAAAGGGACACCUUUGGCAUCAUCGCAAGUCUCAUUUAGUUGUAAAGUCCUUUGGCUGUGAUUUAUGCGAUAAGGCGUUCAAGCAGAAGAUCGACCUCGUGCGUCAUCAAGUCUGCCACUCGGAGCUGAAGCCCUUCAGCUGCGAGUUUUGUGGUGAGGGGAAAGGCGAAUGGGACAACCCUUCUGUACCGUCCAUUUUCCUGCGUGCCGAGCCCUCGCAUGAACUUGGGGAGAUGAGCGAGAACCCACCUGAAAAGUUUUCAGAGGGUGAAGAUUCAUCCAAUGAGGAAGCCGAGCACCCUUCACUUCAAAGUUUAGAGAAAGAUCAUCUAACCCAAACCUCAUUUCACGAAGUUAUGGGAUUGCUUCCGACGGAGGAAAGCGAUCCCUGCGUCCCAGAGGUUGUGAUCACCUGCUUCUUCCCGGACAGCGACGGUGAAAGCGAUUCCGGCUCCGAGACUCGCGAGAGCUCGGAAUCGAAAGUGCGCGGGAGGAAGCCGGGGCUGUUUCACCCGACCGAGAGGCCGUUCAGCUGCAGCCUGUGUUCGGCUGCGUUCACUCAGAAGGCCCACCUCCACGACCACUUGCGAUGUCGGCAUUCGAGCGAACGACCUUUCAGAUGUCACAGUUGUAGUCGUGCAUUCAAAUUAAGAGCUUAUCUGAAAAAGCAUCUUGCCACCAUCCAUGGAGAUAAGAAAUUUGGCAAACGUUGCCACAUCGCGAAAAGAAAGUUGUGUCUCGCCCGAGAUGUAUUUAGAAGCGACGAAGAGAAGGAUGAAUCUUCCAACUCUUCCUCACCUGAAUUCAUCACUCCAGACAUUCCUUCCGAAGAAGUGAAGAUGGAAGAGUCUAAGUUGAAGAAUGACACUUCAAAAAUGAAGAUGGAAAUGGUCGAGCCAGAUUCCAAAGAGGCCGUGUGUGAGGACCCCGCCUUGGAGCCUUACGGCCUCCCACCGGAGAAGCCCCGCGGCAGGAAGCCCGGAGCCUUCGACCCGGCCGAACGACCGUUCAGGUGCGAAAGCUGUGAUGGUGCGUUCAAGUCGAAGUGCCACCUGCAGGACCACGUCCGCUCGGUGCACCUAAAGGAGAGGCCCUUUUUGUGUGGCAUCUGUGGACAUGCGUUUUCGAUUAAGGGAAAUCUGAAGAAACACCUGAUGGGAUCUCAUCGGUGGAAGUCCAAAGAAGCCCUCCUGAAAGCGAGCCCUGCCGAAACGAAGCCCGUUUUACGGCAGCGACAGCAGAUCGGUUGUGACAUCUGCAAGCGUGAAUUCAAAUCCAGAAGCCAUUUGCAAGACCAUUUCCAGUCGAUACAUUCGGAUGAGAGGCCCUUCAAGUGUCAGUUCUGCAACCUUGCCUUCAAAUUGAGUGGGAAUCUGAAGAAACAUCUCAUAUAUUCUCACAUUUCCCCAUCGAAAAAGGAGACUAAGGUCGUUGCAAAGAGCACGUUUCGAUUUUCCUGUGACAUCUGUCACCGUGGAUUCAAAUGCAAAAACCACUUACAAGACCACGUGCAAUCGAAACAUUCCACUGCGAGGCCCUUCAAAUGCCACCUCUGUAACUAUGCCUGCAAACUGAGAAGCAACCUGAAGAAGCACGUGAUCCUGUCCCACAACAGCAAAAGCAUACCCACCCUGCCGCCGAGCAAAAUCUGCGGGCGCAAGCCCGGUCGGUUCGAUCCCUCCAAGAGACCGUUCAAAUGCGACUUCUGCGACUGCGGAUUCGCGUCGUCGGGUCAUCUCGACGAUCACGUUCGGUCCAGACACUCGACCGAGAGGCCCUUCAAGUGUAACACUUGUGGCCAUGGCUUCAAAGUGAAGCGAAACCUCAGAACUCAUAAAAGGAAGUGUCACCCAGACGAAGGAGUCUCCAAGAGUCGUUGAAGUGAUCGCACACCGGAACGGCCGUGGAGGAUUGAAUCAUGCCUUACAUCGCCAGUGGUAUUCGUUGCAAGAGGAAAGCCUUUCUGCGUAGGUCUAUGUAUCACCUGGAAAAAAAAAAGGUGCUGCUCAAAAGGUAGCGCUUCCUUUUGGACUCGGAUGAGAUGUUUUCGAGAAUGUAGCCGGUUGGAGUUGCCUUUGACAAGUUCCAUGCAUCCAUGUACUUCAGCUUCCUACAGAAUGAAUGUUUUUUUUUUUGUACCACUCGAUAAGCAAUUAUUUUAGCAUGUGCUCACGUUUCAGCCUCUGCAUGCAGUUAUAUCGAUACAAAUGGUAUGUAAUUGUUCAUGCAAAGGAAUCAUCAAUGCAUGGAAUUUCUUUCACAAGUACUGGACUCAUUUCCCUUCGAGUCAGAUGAAGGCUGAUGAUUGCUCAUUUUGGUUGGUAUUCAUUUUUGCUAGUGUGUGAAUCGAAUGCUUCUCUGUUGCUGCAUCACGAGUUUCUGAAGGAAUAAAUUGCCGAUCGGGC